AUGUCUUUCCUCGGCAAAGUGGCAGCCAUCGGACUGGCUCUGCCAAUCCUGGCUGAAUCGACUGCUUUCCUCCCUCGUCAGGAUGUCAACACCACUUGCGCCGAUAUUCACUACUUUGAGGCUCGCGGCACGACUCUGUCUUACCCUGGGAGCCUUAUUACAAUCAUCGACCCGUUGAUGGAAGCCUUCCCGAACAGCAACUACGCAGAUAUUGUAUAUCCCGCCACCGACGAGACCGGGAGCGACAGCUACUUCCAAGGGGUUUCGAAUGGCGCGAAACAGAUCACUGAAUACGCGCAAUCUUGCCCCAAGGCAAAGAUCGUCCUGCUGGGUUACUCGCAAGGCGCGAUGGUUCUGGGAGACAUCUUGGCCGGGGGUGGCGACAAUGGGAUCCUGGGCAACUUGACCCAGCCCUCCAUUGACUCAUCCACAGUCGGCCAGCAGAUUGCGGCGAUUCUUCUCUAUGGAAAUCCCCGGCACGUGCCGAACCAGACUUACAACGUGGGCAACGCGUCCGCCUUCGACGCCACAGGGAAAUACCCUCGGACAGCCAAGCAGCUUGCUGCAUUCAACCUUUACGCCGACAGAGUCCAUGACUACUGCAACUAUCACGACGGAGUCUGCGAUGCUCGCGGAACAGGCAACCUCACUGCCCACAUGGCUUAUCCCUCAGACUAUGAUACUGAGGCAGUCGCGUGGCUGGAGUCCAUGUUACAUUAG